AUGUUUUUCGUCGACUACGAAGCCUCCUACUCGACAACAAUCAAUGCCCCAGUGCAGACCGUGGUCGAUUUUCUCCAUGAUCCAGCGGGACUGAUGCGUCUGAACCCGGUCAUCAUCGACGUCAAGAACGACCCCAACGAUUCACAAAAGUUCAUUAUCGUCGACCAGCUGAACAUGCUCGGCUUCAAGAGGCAGUUGACAUAUACUUCGAAGGUGACGAUUACAGAGGCCGGGAUGGAGGCGGAGAGUAGUACCGGCGCAGGAACAACCACAAUUGCCCGCUUUAUUGCGAAAUCUGCCGGUACAGCCAUAACGGAGCUAGAAGAGAGAACCAGCGUCAAUUGCUUCUUCCUCUUCUUGCCAUUCAUUAAAGGGGUCAUCGCCAAAUCACAUACUGAAUCGCAUACGCGCUUGAAGAAUAGGCUUGAAGGAGUUGAGGUAAAGACACAUUAG